AAUGCUCCAGCGCACUGGCCGUGGCAGGCCUUCCGCCAGUCGCCUUCCCUUCCCAUUCCCUCUGCAGCUCCGCAUCCCACCUCCCAUAAUCGUACACGCACCUUCGAAUUUUGAUCGAGCAGACGAACGAUUGGAAAUCGUCGCCUCGCAGCACGUUUUCCGUUGCACUCUGCAGCCGGAUCCAUCCUCCCGGCAUGGGCCCGUGCUUGCCGUGGGCGCUGGGCCUCCUCCUGCCGUCGCUCUGGGAGGCCAAGGUCGCCUUCUCCGCCACGGCGCUGCUCAUCGCCGCGCUCAUCCUCUUCCUCCUGACAACGGACCAGCACGCCAAGUCCACGGCCACCGGCGGCAACAGGCCAGCCUCGUCCGCGCGUUCAUCUGCAACCGCAGCCUACCACCGAGUCGCGGGCCGCCGCCGGACCCGCGCGAGGGGCGAGGCGGCUUCUGAUGAUAUCACUUGCGCUCAGGGCGGCGGCGGCUACGUCGUCAAGCUGGAGCUGCUCUCGGCCAAGUACCUGAUCGGCGCCAACUUGGACGGCAGCUCCGAUCCUUUCGCCGUCAUCUCCUGCGCCGACCAGAAGCGCUUCAGUUCCAUGGUGCCCAGCCAGAGAAACCCUCUGUGGGGGGAGGACUUCAAUUUCCUGGUCGAACAACUCCCGGUAGAGGUAACCAUAACAAUAUAUGACUGGGACACUGUGUGCAAAUGCAAAGUUAUUGGAUCUGUAACUAUAGUUGUUCUCACUGAGAACGAAUCGGGGGCUAGUUGGUACGAACUGGACAGCAAAUUUGGUCAGAUCUGCCUGCGUCUUCGUUCAACUAAAGCAUUUCCAGAUUCUGAUAGCUCCUUUGAAGAAUGCAAUGGAGCUGAGUCCCCGAGAAAGAUGAUACUGAAUAAGCAACGUCAAGCGAUGAUUGAAGGCAUUGGCCCUCUGCAAAUCAUAUAUAAACUUCCUCAUGAUGAAAUUGUUCACCAAAGUUACUCCUGUGCUCUGGACAGGUGUUUCUUGCUCCAUGGCCGUAUGUACAUCUCCCAAUGGCAUCUGUGCUUCCACUCUAACGUAUUCUCCAAACAAUUGAAUGUGAUUAUUCCAUUGCAAGACAUAGACGAGAUAAAAAGAAGCCAGCAUUCUCUUAUCAACCCAGCAAUUACUAUUUUUCUUAAUGCUGGUGCAGGUGGACAUGGAACACCUCGUGCAUGCAGUCAAAAUGGAAGGAUCAGGUAUACCUUCGCAUCAUUCUGGAGUAGAAAUCGUACAUUUAGAGCUCUAGAGGCUGCACUACAAAGUUAUGAAGCAACCUUGGAAGCUGAAAAACAGGUGAGAGCACAUGUACUUCUACAAAUAGAAAAUAACAGUGUGUUCAGCAGUAAGACGGACAACACAAAGACACCAGAAAAAAACAUUGAAAAGGCUAUAAAAUUCCAACCUUUCAUCAAUGACCAUGUUCUUGCAGAUAUAACCAGUAAGUUCUUCCCUGGUACACCUGAGAAGUUUUUCAGUACAAUAUUAGGUGACAGUUCAAUGUUUUUCCAGCAAUAUAGGGACGCAAGAAAAGAUACAAAUUUGAAGCUAAGCAGGUGGUGUGCCUCAGAAGAGUAUGGUGGCAAGGUUCGUGAAGUGACUUUCAGGUCACAAUGCCACAGUCCUUUGUGCCCUCCCGACACCGCAGUGACAGAAUGGCAGCAUGCUUCUUUCUCGAGGGAUAAGAGGAACUUGAUCUAUGAGACAAAGCACCAGGCACAUGAUGUUCCUUUUGGUUCUUACUUCGAGAUCCACUGCAGGUGGUCGCUAAGAACAACCUCCAAUUCAACAUGUCAAGUAAAUAUAAAGAUCGGUGUAAACAUGAAGAAAUGGUGCAUAUUGCAAUCCAGAAUAAAAUCUGGAGCAACUGAUGAGUACCGUAGAGAAGUUUGCAAGAUUUUGGAGGCUGCCUGUGAUUAUUUCCUCAAAUCUGAGGCAAAUAGCCAUGACAGUGACGAGAUUGUGAUGGUGUCUUCACCAUGAAAGCCUACAGAUGAAAAAGAUGUACAUAGUGCCAUGCACAUAUGCAAGUGCAGUGGAAACAAGUUUGCAAGAUUUUGCAGGGUGAUUGUGGUCACAUCCAAAAGCUGGGGAACAGACAACCAGCAAUGAUAUUGUGGCAAUAUUCAAGAAAAGUGCAGUGGAAAACCACCUGUGGAAUCGCAUCCACAUGAAGAAGAGGCUUCAGAUUAUGGAGACAUUCCUGCUAAGUAGUGAAUCAGUAUGAUGUGUCAUCCAGUACAUAAACCAUGUGAUUAUAGUAGUUACCCAGAUUCCCAGAACAAGAUAGGUUAUGUUGAUGUUACAUACAAUGCUCAAAGCAAAAGGAGGAACUCCAAAAUUCUGCGAGGACCAGUGCAAUUUGACCUGCUGACAUAGUAGUGCAAGUUAACUAAAUUACCUUAACCAGUCCUUAUAACAUAAUGUUCACAUAAAGGAGUACACGGGACAGAAAUCUCUCCCCUCGUUCAUUGACACCAAUCAGUUCCUGGUAACUUGUCUGUCAGUUUCUUGUGACUUCAAACUCCUGUAUGCAACAUAUAUUGUUGGUAAUAAUUUGGCAUUUGCCCUGCUA